ACUUCUCUCACCAUACUAGUUGACGCCGAAGGGCGCAACCUCAUCUGCAACUCAUCCGAUCCGGAGACAUAGUGAUUCCACCUAUAAGUAUAUAAAACAGGGUGCUAUAACCAUAUUUGGUUCUUCUGAUACAGUGACACUUCAAAGUGUCUAAUCAGGUCGAUCGAGGUUAAUGCAAGUGUUUUCAUGCCUAUCUACUUAGGCGCUUUAAUCCCGAGAGUAUUCAUUUCACCUCUUAGACACCAACCGGGAAUAUCUAUCUCUGCCUACUAUGAGAUUACUACAUCAAUCAUGGCUCUUGGCUAGGGGUCGUUAUAGUCACAUUGCCCACAAAAGGCUAUUUUCAAGCUCAAGGAAGCUAAACCAAGUAUCAAACCAAAGUCAAUUAGCAGCUUUGAGAGGAACACUUAAAGUGUCUGAAGAGGUGACUGAUGCACUAGCUACGAACAAACCCGUGGUCGCGCUUGAAUCGACCAUUUAUACCCAUGGAGCUUUAGGUAAUGAUUUGGACCUGGAGGAUAUUGUUCGACGCAACGGUGGUGUGCCUGCCGUCGUUGGUAUCUUGGGAGGGGUACCUACGGUUGGCCUCCUACCCGACGAAGUCACUCGUAUGGUCGAAGGCUCGCCCAAGAAAGUAUCUCGACGAGAUAUUGCCUACCUAGUUGGCAUGGGCCUGGCAGGUAAUAAGAUCCACGGAGGGACAACCAUCGCUGGCACUAUGAUUCUGGCGAGGCUUGCUGGAAUUCGAGUUUUUGGGACGGGUGGUCUUGGUGGCGUACACCGUGGCGGGCACGAAUCAUUUGAUAUUUCUGCCGAUCUUACCGAGCUUGGCCGUACGAGGAUGGCAGUAAUCAGCAGUGGCUGCAAGGGCUUCUUGGAUAUUCCUAGGACCUUGGAGUAUCUGGAAACUCAAGGUGUGCUCGUGUCGACUUUCGCCGAUGGCCGGACAGGCGCUGUUGAUUUCCCUGCAUUCUGGGCACGAGAAAGUGGCACCAAGAGCCCGUCCAUUGUUCACGACGAGGAACAGGCGGCUUCUAUUAUCUUGGCACAAGAGAGAUUAGGCAUUGAGUCGGGUCUCUUAUUUGCUAAUCCGAUACCUGAGGAAUUUUCUAUCCCUCGGAGUGAAAUGGAUGCUAUUAUUGAGCAAGCUGUCAACGAGUCAACACAACAAGGAGCUCUUGGCAACGAAAACACACCCUUUAUCUUAAACAGGAUUAGGGCACUCACUCAAGGAAGGAGUGUGCCAGCAAACAAAGCCUUGGUGCAGGCAAAUGUAGAACGAGCUACUAAGAUAGCCACUGCACUUUCUCGACUUAUCGCGGGAGAAGCCUUGUCGUCUAAUAAAUCGGUGAAGAUACAACCCAGCUUUUCAACUAAGAAUACGCCGAUAGACAAGCCAAUAAAAGAGACUGAUGUCAUUUCUGAGGCAGACAUCUUAGUUGCCGGUUCUGUUGCUGUUGACUUAAGUUGUGAUUAUGUCGGCGAAGACUCUUUAGACCAUCCCGCUCCUCAUCUACAUACAUCAAACCCAGCACAUAUUGGCCAAUCUAUAGGUGGCGUUGGUCGCAACGUGGCGCUUGCGGCCCAAAGAGCGAUGCAAAGUCCCAAAGUACGACUCUGUAGUAUGAUUGGUGAUGACCUUGCUGGCUCAACUAUACUGUCUUCCCUGCAUACAAGUGGCAUGGACACAUCAUGUAUCAGGCAAUUGAGCCGCGAGCAUUAUCCAUCUAGUCGGACUGCCCAGUACGUGGCGGUCAAUGAUGCUAAUAAGAAUCUAAUCCUAGGUAUGGCAGAUAUGGGAAUUUUCGCAACUCACUCAUUCCCAGAGCACUGGAACUCUACAAUACGAUCGUCGAAGCCCAAGUGGUUGGUAGUUGACGGCAACUGGGCAGACAGAGAUGUACGAGCUUGGAUACGGGCUGGCAAAGACAACGAUGCCCAAGUGGCUUUCGAGCCUGUGUCGAAAGAGAAGUCUAGCCGUCUAUUUUGCAAUGAAAAGGACUUGGAGAGCCUGGGUGUCUUCCCGAAGCCCAGUGUCGACUUAGCGACGCCCAAUCAAUAUGAGUUGGCAGCAAUGCACGCAGCUGCACAGCGACACGAAUACUUCGACAACCAACGGUGGUGGGAGAUUAUAGACGCUUUUGGCAUGAGAGGGGCGAGAGAUCGGUUUAUCAAGCUUACUUCUGCUGACAUGACAGAUGACGGUAUUCCGCAGCAGGUGAUCCAACUUCUUCCAUACAUCCCUACUAUCAUAACAAAGAUGGGAAGUGGUGGCGCUCUAAUGGCAACGAUCCUGAAGAGGGGCGAUCCCCGCCUUCUGGAUCCGGCAUAUGAGAAGUUUAUCCUCUCAAGAUGUCUUAAUGACCAUCCAGAUGUUGGAGGGGUCUAUAUGAGAUUAUUCCCGGCAAUAGAAGAGGUGGAAAACAUCGUCUCCGUGAAUGGAGUUGGUGACACGUUCCUCGGAGUAUUGAUUGCGGGUUUAGCACAGGGUGGAAGGACCGAGAAUAUCCUAAAUAUUGCUCAGAAAGGCGCCGUCCUCACACUUCGGAGCCCUCAGUCUGUAAGUGAAGACUUGGGUAUCUUAAGGGAUGAGCUAAAAGCUGCCGUGGUUUAAUCAUUCUCGGUUGACUUCGAUGCAUUCAUGAUAUAAAACCAUUCAUGGCAUCAUUUCAACUGCAAUAAGAGGGAUUUAUUGAACAGCAGGAUGAAAAAGCACAUGUUCUCAUUUCGAUGGGAAAUAUUGGUGGCUUCAAGUUUUAUUGAUGCUGAUAGGUACAGAACAGUACGUACCUCGGAGCAGGGGUGGUAGCGCUAGAUAGUGGGGCACAUGCAAAGCUUCUGGGAGUCCGAAAAAAAAAAGUUCAAUCGGUGCUACAAUAGAAUUUCCGAUUUUUGCUA